AUGCGCAUCUCACCCAACUCACUCAGCGAGGCCGCCUCGCAACUAGAGCAGGAUAGAGAACGUGACUUUUUCCGGCUUCUCUACAUCGUCGACCGAGCGCGUCGGUUUCUCUCCAUCCCGGUGAGCAAUGUUGAUUGGAGGCUGACGUGCGACUGCCUGGACGACAUGAAUCACCGAUAUGCAGACACCGCCUUUCUUCUCGGCUUCACCGGCGGCUAUGUGCUGCGCAACCGAACCGGUCGCACGCUGUUGUCUCGCUUCUGGUUCUCGAUGUACUUGGGUCUUGUCUUUUAUGACUGGGAGCUGCGGCGAGCCACGCGCGCGCCGGCGCUGGAGUACUGGAACUCUAUCUGCACCGUGGACACGGAGGUCGGUCGUAUCGCUCGAGUGCUGCACACCCCCGCCCGAUUUUACGAAGCGGCACCGAUGAGCACUGCAUUCAGCGGCGUGCAGCCGCCGCUGCCGCGAGGCUCCUCCUCCUCUCCCUCCCCGACUCCUCACGGAGCCUCGGUGCGCGACUGGCUCUGCCGCUACAUCUCAGAUACGACGCCGUCGGUGCUUCUGACGACGUUAUGCUCGCACCUCUUCGAAGGCUCCAGCUGGCGGCACCGCACGAGCGACAACGUGGAGGUGACGGCGCUUGUGAUCAACAGCCGCUUCUUUCACUGGAAGGUGUUUGAGUCGUGCCAGGUGCAGCGAAAUGAGGUGACGGAGUACAACAUUAGCUUAAAGUGGUUCCCAAGCUUCGCAGCGAGGGACAGUCUUCGCCGCUCCUUUCAAUGCCGCGAACUCAUCCUGGAGAAGUCUACGCUAGGGGGACGGCUGUGGUACAGGACACAUUUCUCGUUGCUGCGGUGUCUGGGGUUGGACUCGCAAUAG